GCCGCGGAAGCCCCCGUGCCGUUCCUGGAGCGCCUCGCCUCCAUCCCCGCGGCCGCCGCCACCCGCGCGCCCACGCAGCCAGCCGAGGUGACCCAGGUGGCGGCGCCCACGACGCCGUCCAGGCUCGCGGCCUCGCCGCAGCUCGCCGGGCCCGCGGGGCCGCCCGCCGUGCGGGUGGCGUGCGCGGAGGGGCGGUGCGCGUCGCCGAUCCAGGUGCGAGCUACGGUCCCGGCGGUGGGGAAGCAGGCCAUGCUGCAGAAUGCGGCCAGGCACGCGGCGCAGCAGCGGUGCGCCUCCCCGGUGGUCGUGCGCCGGACGCGCUGCACCACCCCGGUGCGGUGCCGCUUGGCCUCGGGCGCGCAGGAG